UCGCCCCACCCUGCUGAAGACGCUCUCUGGUGGUCUUAUCUGUGAAUCAAGGAAAACACCUCCUCCCAGACGGAGGAUAAUAAAGAGUGGGUCAGAUAAAGGGCGAGAGUGAUGUGAUAUAGUCUGAGAUAUUUUUUUUUUUAUGACGUUUCCUUGUGUGACUGGUGUUUGUGGACGCGGACACAUCGUUGCAGCUGGAUGCUUAGAUACUUAGAUGCUGAAAACAGGCCGGAUCGAGUGAACACAUAGCGCGUCGUGCCUGGAGCCCUUAAACACCUGGAAAAACGACAAACAGGGAGAAAGGAUCCAACAGCACCAGCGCUAUUCCAGUCUGUGAGCUGAGGCUGUCGCGACAACAAGGACUGAAAGCCGGCGUAGGCGACAUGUUUUGAUCCGGAGAGCGGCGGCGUCUGGUGGGAUGAAGGCGCCGAGGAGACCGAGGCAGACGCGCCUCCUCCCGCGUUUCUGCGUCUGCGGAGUCAGUCUGCUUGCUGCCGCCUGGCUCCUCCACUUCAGUCAUGAUACAGAUGCACAUGGACCCUCAUUGGAGGAUGACAUCUCCUUGUUGAAAAGAGGGCUCCUCCAGGAGAAAGAGGCCAACCAUACUAACACUAUUUCUACAUCUGCUAUCGGUGACUUUCCUGAUGACAUCUUUACUCUCGAGCAGAGGAGACACGGAGCAGUGCUCCUUCAUGUUCUCUGUGCUAUCUACAUGUUUCUUGCACUGGCCAUUGUGUGCGACGUUUACUUUGUGCCAUCGCUGGAAAAAGUAUCAGAGAACCUUCAGCUCAGUCAGGAUGUUGCUGGGGCAACGUUCAUGGCAGCUGGAAGCUCCGCCCCUGAGCUCUUCACAUCUUUGAUUGGGGUGUUUAUCACAAAGGGAGAUGUGGGGGUAGGAACUAUCGUGGGGUCAGCUGUCUUUAACAUUCUGGUCAUUAUCGGCAUCUGUGGCAUCUUCUCUGGACAGCCCAUCGUUCUCAGCUGGUGGCCUUUGUUUCGUGAUGCUGUUUUCUACAUCCUGGCCAUAGUGGUGCUUAUUCUGGUAAUCUUUGAUGAAAAAGUCAUGUGGUGGGAGACCAUUAUCCUGAUUUCAAUGUAUGGAAUCUACAUAAUCAUCAUGAAGUUCAACUCCUCUCUGUACAGCCUGGUGGAGAGACACUGUAGCAGAGCAGGGCAGCCGUGUCUGAGCAGCCUGCGAAGGACCACUGCUGUCGGAAACAUGGGAGACUGUGACAACGACAUGGUGCCGCUGAAGCCAGAUUCCAGUGUGGUGGCCGGCCAGGAUUCAGGGGUGAUGAUGGUGGAUGAGCUGCUUAACAGGCACCCCCACCAGCUCUCCUUCUCAGAGGCAAGCCUACGCCUUCUCAUCACCCCGCAUUUCCCCCCCUUCACCCGCCUGCGCAUGGCAGGACGCAUGAUCAUCAACGAGAGGCAGAGGCUUAUUAGAGCCCGGGAAGGCUCAGAGGAGGGGGGAGCUUCAGGGGAUGAAGGUGUCGGUGCUAACGGGACUGUGGCUGAGGGAGACAAGCCGCUGCCGGAAGGAGAGAGGGAGAGGGGUAAAGAGGCAGUGGGAGAGACCGAUGGGGGAGCACAGCCUAAGGACGAGGAGGACGAGGAGGAGGAAGAGCAGGAAGAAGGGGUUGAUGAAAACGCUCCUUUUAAACCGUUUGUCCUGCCAGAUGGUUGGUGUGUGCGUGUGAAGUGGCUGCUCUCCUGGCCUGUAAGCGUCCUGCUUCACUGCUCCAUCCCUGACUGUAACCUGCCGCGGUGGGAGCGCUGGUACCUGCUCACCUUCCUGUCCUCCACACUCUGGAUAGCCGUCUUCUCCUACCUCAUGGUCUGGAUGGUGACCAUUAUCAGCUACACACUCGGAAUUCCUGAAGUCCUCAUGGGCAUCACUUUUUUGGCAGCUGGCACCAGUGUUCCCGACUGUAUGGCCAGCCUCAUUGUGGCACGACAAGGGAUGGGCGACAUGGCCGUGUCUAACUCCAUUGGCAGUAAUAUUUUUGAUGUGCUGCUUGGCUUGGGCUUCCCCUGGGCGCUGAGGACUCUCAUAGUCAGCUAUGGAUCCGUGGUGACAAUUAACAGCAAAGGUCUGGUGUACUCAGUGAUUCUGCUGUUAGCCUCCGUCACACUCACUGUCCUGUGUGUCCAUCUGAACUGUUGGAGGUUGGACCGCAGGCUGGGAUUCUGUCUCAUUCUUCUCUAUGCCGUCUUCCUCAUGUGCUCCAUUGGCUUUGAGAGGCUUUAGAUGACACACCACCACACACACACACACACACACACACACACACACACACACUCUCCAGGUACAGAACCACACCAACAAGCCAUCUUCAACAUUCACUGCUCCCGUUGCUGAUCAGAUGUGUGGACAGAUGACUUCUCAUUUCAUUUCACCUUCUUAAAGCUGCAGUGUUCACCUUUGAUAAACGAGUAUUUUACAUAGUUUUGUACCAAGCUUCUGAUUUUGUGAAAUCAAACCCAGCUGAUGAUGCACUAUGUUUCAAAAAAUCUAUCAAGUAUUGACUUUGCAUUCUGAAUCAAAGAAUAUUGUGUAAUAUAAACCCAAGAGUGUGUUAGUUUACUUAUGAAUACUUCAAGACUGCCACAAGUAACCUCAAAGACCAGAUGAGUAUAAGUGUACGUUUAUAUUGUUGCUUUUCAGUGCGUGCACUUUUCUAAGUUUAAUGUAAGUUUAAUGUCAAGUUUUCAUCCCCCAGUAAACGACAUAGCAUGGCUUUUCAUCACGCUCCAGAUAAUUGCACUAAGCCAUUAUUGUUGGUAUUUUACAUAUUAUAGCCCCCCCCCCCUUUUUUUUCUCCUAAAAGCUUUGCGGUACUGGUGGUGGUAUAUUUGUGUCGGGGAUAAAUGGGACUGUGUGCUUCAAGGUGUUCAUGAAUGUCUGUUUGGAGAAAGUCAUGGAGUGUUUGGUUUUGAAUGCAAUAAAAUGUUUUCUUCUGUGA